AAGUACCCAACAUCUGAACCGGCUCUGAAUCGUUUUAGGACCCGUCGUUGUAAUCAUUUUUCCUUCGUUUUCUCUCUAUUUUUCUGCUUCAUCGAAAAGAUUAGAAGUAAUUCAAACUUCAAAGAAAGUAAGAAGCAAUGACAACUGCAGCUCGACCGACAUGGGCACCUGCAAAAGGUGGUAAUGAACAAGGAGGUACUCGAAUUUUUGGCCCAUCUCAGAAGUACUCGUCGAGGGACAUUGCCUCUCAUACCACUUUAAAGCCUAGGAGGGAAGGGCAAGACACUCAGGAAGAAGUGCAGAAGAGGAAUCUCCGGGAUGAGCUGGAAGAACGUGAAAGGAAACAUUACUCAUCAAAGAAUAAAUCUUAUACUGAUGAUAGAGAACGUAGAAAGAGUAAUCAACUUUUCCUGGAAGGGACAAAAAGGGACGUUGAAGACCGUAUCAUCCCUCGUAGUGUGGAUGCUGAUGAUUCUGAUGUCGAAGUUAACAAUGAUAGUGAUGACGAUGAGGAUGACGAUGACGAGGAGGAUGACACAGAAGCUCUUAUGGCUGAGCUUGAUCGAAUAAAGAAGGAAAGAGCUGAGGAAAAGUUCCGUCAGGAACAACUAGAAGCAGCCGAAGAGCUUAAAGUUAAGGAGGAGCAGCUUCUCAAAGGAAACCCACUGCUUAAUAAUCCAACAUCCUUUAACGUGAAAAAAAGGUGGGAUGAUGAUGUAGUCUUCAAGAACCAGACUCGAGGUGAAACUAAAGCACCUAAGCGCUUUAUUAAUGACACCAUAAGGAAUGACUUUCACCGAAAAUUCUUGCACAAAUACAUGAAAUAGUUGUGCUAAUCAUAUGAAUCACCAAGAAGUAUGAAGAUAAAUGUGGAUUUAAAUUGUUGUAUGUAGUAAAAGUGACGAUUAUGUCCGGUGUUUGAAUUUGUCCACAAGAAUUCGAGUUUUUUGCUUGAUUUGUAUGGCAUUACGUAGUGAAUAUGUGAUCAUCCCUUUUCCAACUCUAUAACCUGGUAUUGACAAAUCAUCUGUUAAAGUUUUUCA